GCUCCACGCAUGCGCACUCUGCCUCUAACUUCAGCCGUUCGCCCGCUGUUUGUCUGCAGGAGAGGGUUAAAGAUGAAUGAAGAUGCGUUUGAGGUUCGUCCGAGUACAGAGUACCGUUACCUGGUCCAGGAUGAGGACGAGGACGAGGUCCAGUACGUCCGUCACAGGACCUACAUCAGCCCCCUGCUGGUGCUGUCGCGCCGCUGCAUCGUCCUCAUCGUCCUUGCUGUCCUCGCCCUGCUCAUCAUCGCCACUUACCUAGGAUAUGUGGCCCAGACGCUGCCGCCGGGCCUCGUCCAGGUGUCCACAGCCUGCGGAGACUUCAGAGGGACGCAUAGAAAUGGUGCCUACUCCUUUAAGGGGAUCCCGUAUGCUGCCCCACCUGUCGGAAACCUCCGCUGGGCUCCUCCCACCGCACCAGCGUGCAGAAAGGGCGUGGUCACGGACGCCACCCACUUCUGCAGCGUUUGUCCUCAGGUGCAGCCGCUGUCCAGCUCCGGGAAGAUCAUGGGUCACGAGGACUGUCUGUUCGUCAAUGUGUGGACGCCGUCCCUGCAGCCAGACACCCUGCUUCCCGUCAUGGUCUGGAUCCACGGAGGGUAUCUGCACAUGCUCAGUGGAAGCCAACCGUGGUACUCGCCGACUGAGAAGCUCGCUGCCGACACGGGCGUUGUCUAUGUCAGCUUCAACUACAGACUGAACGCCUUUGGGUUCCUGGCGCUGAACGUCCUGAGAGAAGGUUCUCCGACGAACACCUCAGGGAACUAUGGCUUCAUGGACCAGGUGUUGGCACUGCAGUGGGUCCAAAAGAACAUCCACCUGUUUGGGGGAGAUCCAGGACGAGUGACCAUAUUUGGACAGAGCUCAGGUGGGACCUCUGUGUGGACGCUGAUGAUGUCACCGCUGGCCAGAGGUCUGUUCCACGGCGCCGUGGACAUGAGUGGGUCGUACGUCUAUGACGGGACUCUGGACCGGGCCGAGUCCGACAACCUGGUGUUCCUGGAGAAGACGGGGUGCAAAGACUCGGCCUGUCUUCGCCGUCUGUCAGUCAGACAGGUGUUACAGGCCAUCCCCUGGACCGAGUACCCAUCCUGGGCAGCUGAAGACUACACAGACCUGCCCACUAAGGGGGCGGGGAUUGGGCCAGUGGCUGUGGUGGAUGGGUACGUCCUCCCAGCGGCGCCCUUUGACCUCUGGCAGAGUGGAGGGAACUACAGCGAUGUACCCUUUGUCAUCGGGACCACGGCGCAGGAAGCGGACUUCAGUCCAACAGUUGGAAACAUAUCAGAGUGGACCUGGGGAGACCACAACUGGUUCGUCACUGAGAAGCUGUCGACGUUCAACACUUCCCUUCCCAAACAGGCGCUGGAUCUGUACCCAAGCUCCGCCCCCUGUCCGACCACUGACCGCUGUCCGGAGUGGUCCUACACCACGAUGGUGACUGACAUCAGAGUAUCCUGCCCCAACAACGACCUGGCAGCUCGGGCUGCAGCGGCCCUUCGCAGUCCGGUUUACCGUUACGUGGUAAGCCACACCCCCUCUGGACCCCUGAACAGCUCCAGCGCUCUGCUGCCGUUCCACAGCCGCUUUUCCUUCCACUGUCUAGACGUUGUGGCUUUCUUCGGAGGGUUGGAGGAGGCGCUGGGGAAACCGCUGUCUGACGGAGACAGGCGCUUCCAGGACCUCAUCACGCAUCACCUGGUUAACUUCGCCAAGAAAGGUCACAUGGAUGCCGAGUGGCCAGAUUACCCAUCAGCCACUGCAGAGCUGUCUGACCGUCUGUCUGUGCGGAAGGACUACCAGGCCGAGCGCUGUCGUCUGUGGGAAGACAACGGGAUGUUCACGUACGCCUGGAUGAACUGAAAACACACACACACCUACACUCACAGAUAGAACAUGUGGAUGUUUACAGGGAACACACGUACAGAAAUAAAGAAUUGUUAUAAUUAUUAUAUUAUCUGUAAAACUUUACCUUUAUGCUCCAGUAAGGUGGAAGGAAAGAAAAGGAAAGUGUAUUUUAUUAAAUAAGUUCUGAUGUAACGAACGGUCAACUCAUAUGACCGAUCAGCUGACUGACUGAUCAGCUGACUGACUGAAAACCAGAUGGAUGUCCAUUGUCCCUCCCAUGACCUUUGACUGGAUUUAAAUCCCACCCCUACUUCACUCAAACCAGUUUUAUCUUGGAUUGUACAGUCUGCUCCUGCUCACUCAUACAUGAAAACCUGGGUCUGUAAAUGUGGACAAAUAUCCACCAAUCCUCUACCUACAGACGUCCACAAAAGAAAAGUCCGAAAAUUAUCAAAUGCAGAACUGGGGCUAAUUUUUCAAAAUGGAUAGUUUUUUUUAAACACCCUGUAGAAACUGUUACGAUCCGAUCAUGUUAAAGUUAAUUUAUCGUCUUAACAUCGUUCAGUUAAAUCAGAGAUUUAAGUGACGAUAAAACUGUCCAUAAGUGUCUUUUCUGUUUGAUCCUGUGAACAUUGACGUGUUUGUUUUAUCAUGUGAACGCUGACGUGUUUGGUUUAUCACGUGAACGUUGACGUAUUUGUUUUAUCAAGUGAAUGUUGAUGUGUUUUAUCAUGUGAACGUUGACGUGUUUGUUUUUUGCACUAAUUCACUCUUUUCCACUAAAACGUUGCACUUUUGCUGAAACAUUUCCAUCUGACUCUAAACACGUUGAAUUGACUUUAACGUCUGUUUUUACUCAUUGGAUCAGAUGAACCCAACAUAUGCUUUCACAGCGUGUGUCUGUAUUUUAACAGUUUUAUAUUUUAUUAUCUGAGUUUGUUAAUGACGUUUAAUCACCAGCUCAUGUUUAAUAAAUCACCUCCAUGAAUAAAACGGACUUGUACUCAGAUUCACCUGCAGAUUGAACUGAUGACAGGCCUUAGAGUUAAAGGUCCACUGUGUGAUUUAGCUCCACCUGUGGGCAGGGCUGUAUUUACAGCAGUAUGGGCCCCAGGGCACAAAGGAAAAUAGAUAUCUGUGAAACGAUUAAAAACUGUUAGUACAAAAUAAGAAAAUAUGUGUUAAAAAUAUUGAAAAGUUGAAAUGUACAACAUUUUUAAAAAUCUGUAAAAUUAUUUACAUUUUUCAGUAUAAAAUAAUAAAAUCUUUAUAAAAUGAUUGAAAAAUUUCAGUAGAAAAUGUUUAAAAAAUCAUUUAAAAAUAAUUUUUAAAAAAGCAGAAAAUGAUUUAAAUUAUCCAUUAGUGCGGUAACUGUAGGUGGGUUUGUAUCAUAGAUGAUACAAGGGGCAUUAAAGGGUUAACAUGGAGGGGGGCUAUGGUGCCCAUCAGGCCCAGGUGUUUAGACAACCCUGGUUUCAGAUUUCUGCUUCUUUAUGACACUGGCAUUCCAACGUCCAUAAAUGAUCUUCAGCUUCCCCCUCAUGUGAUUGGCUAAGAUUCUGUUUUCCAGCCAAUGACACAAUGUUCUGCUAUGAUGUCACCAGCACCGAACCAACAUGGACACGGAACUGUUUAAUGGAGAACCAGGAGAGUUAAAGGGUUCAUGUUUGGGUUCCAACCCAGUGGACGAAGGUUCUGGACCAACGAGGAUGGAUCCAAACAUCUGGACUCAACAGGAUGUCCUCACAUCAGAGGUGUCCAACAUAUGGUCCGUGGACCAAAACUAUUUAUAGAAUUUAGACAUGUCUGUAUUUAGAGAUUUCCAUAUUCAGAUGUGUCCAUAUUGAGAUGUGUCCAUAUUUAGACGUGUCCAUAUUCAGACAUUUCCAUAUUCAGAUGUGUCCAUAUUUAGACGUGUCCAUAUUCAGACAUUUCCAUAUUCAGAUGUGUCCAUAUUUAGACAUGUCCACUUGUGUCCUCAGAUGUGUCCAUAUUUAGAUGUGUCCACUUGUGUCCUCAGACGUGUCCAUAUUUAGACGUGUCCAUAUUCACACGUGUCCACUUGUGUCCUCAGAUGUGUCCAUAUUUAGACAUGUCCACUAGACAUGUCCUCAGCUGUGUCCUCCCUAAAACCCUCUGUGCUUCAGUCUGGUCUGAUCUACAGGGUCCGUCUGAGGUCCAUCUGGGGUCCUUCAGGGGUCUGCUCGUGGACGCUCUGUCUUCAUGUUUGGACUCAGUGAUGGAAUGAGAGGAGACGUGGAGAAGAUUGGUUUGUCUUCUGUUGCCACCAGUGAUGGAUGCUGAGCAGAGUGUCCCCCGGUUGCAGCUGUUUUACUAUAUUUAAGUCUAAUAAAGCAGGAUGAGGUGGGCCAGGUCCACAUUCAGGUCCAUGAUCCAGGUCCAGGUCCAGGUCUGCACCCAAACAAACCCACCCACCUGUCCGUCUCCAUUCAGCCUUUACUGACAUUUAAAACAGGAAUUAUUCUGUUCAACGCCAGAGGUUCUGCUGGGUCUGCUGGUUCUCAGUCCUCCUUUUCCAUGUUCUCUUCUGGGAUCAUCUAACAGUCAUGGACCGUUUACUAUCAGUUAUUGAAUUAUUCAUGUUUUGUCAACUCACUGCAGGCGAAGGUUAACGAACUUUAGCAACGGUGAAUGUUAGCGACGGUAAACGUUAGCGACAAUGAAUGUUGGUGACUGUGAAUGUUAGCGACUGUGAAUGUUAACAACUGUGAACGUUAGCGACAGUGAACAUUAACUAUGGUGAACAUUAGCAAUGGUGAAUGUUAGCAUCUGUGAAUGUUAGCAACGGUGAAUGUUAGCAACGUGAACGUUAGUGACGGUGAAUGUUAGCAACUGUAAACAUUAGUGUCGGUGAAUGUUAGCGACAGUGAACAUUAGUGAUGGUGCAUGUUAGCGACUGUGAACGUUAGCGACUGUGAACGUUAGCGACGGUGAACGUUAGUGACGGUGGAUGUUAGCGAUGGUGAAUGUUCGCGACAGUGGACAUUAGCGAUGGUGAAUAUUGGCGACUUUGAACAUUAGUGAUGGUGAAUGUUAGUAAAGGUGAACGUUAGCGACAGUGAAUGUUAAUGGGUUAAUUAACGGGUUAACAGAUUAAUUAAAGGGUUAAUUAAUGGGUUAACGGGUUAUUUAACAGAUUAAUUAACGGGUUAACAGAUUAAUUAAGGGGUUAAUUAAUGGGUUAACGGGUUAUUUAACGGGUUAACAGGUUAAUUAAUGGGUUAACGUCAACAGCCUUUUCUGUGGUGAGUCUGUCCUAAUUUGUUUGUCUCCAUUGACUCAAAUAUUAUGGUCUGUAUGGGACAGGGACUCCUAUUGUCCUGUAGUUCCUUUAGUCCCAUGUAGACCAGGGUGUCCAACAUACAGUCUGUGGACUCAGAGAGUCUGAUCUGUUCCGUAGGAGGAAUUUACAGUGUCAAAAUAAUACUGAAGACGUUAAUGAUCAGUGGAUCAGUCAGACCAAUAGGAUCUGAAAUAAAACAUAGAAAUAACGACAAAUACAAAUGUUUGUCUUCGUUUUAAUGCAAAAACAAACAUUAAAUUAUGAAAAUAUUCACAUUUAAAAUCUAUCCUUUAACAAUGAAAUGUGAACAACCUGAAAAAAAUAUCUGAAGUAAAAGUAACUGGAUCAGUAUUAUGUUAUUAAAGGUUUAGUGUCUUUGUAUCUGAUCUGUAUUAAAUAGGUAUAAAUGAUUAACGGAGGCUGAGCAGAGUUAAAAUGACACAGAGUUUUAUGGAGAAAUGUCCUUUUUUCAGGUUGAUUUGUCAUUAUUUAUGGGUUGAACUAACUGAUGUAGAUGUUUCAUAAAAGUUCAGUAAAUACAAACAUUAAAACAUGUGUCCAAACACUUUGACAUUAAUUAAACUAAACUGGUUUUACUGGUGAAUCUGUGUCCACGUCCAGUUUGUGACUUCAGUUAUUUCCAUGUAUUGAUCAUAUU